AUGGCGUCGAGGUUUCAUCGCGCGACGACGCGCUUCGCCGACGACGCGCACCGAGCGACGACGACGGGGAGGACGGAGGCGUCAACACCCAACGAAGCGAACGAGACGACGACGACGAGGACGACGACGGCGACGGCGACGGCGACGACGACGAGCGAGGGUGGGAACCGACGCGACGUGGGCGUGAGAACGCUAUCGAUGAUGGAGGGCGAGGCGAGAACGGCGUCGUCGCCGGCGCGUUCUAGAAGCGGCGAACCGCGCUCGAGAGAAGCCGCGCUCGAGGCGCUACAGCGGGAGUUGGACGAGACGGAGGCGCUGUUGAACACUCGACGAGUGCGAGAAUUGAGAGAACAACGAUCGAGCGCCGGAACUGCGGACGAGGACGAGGAAUCGAGAGCGACGGAUCGAGACGUGGCGGACGCAACGGGAGCGCAAGCGCGACGCACGACGCCGUCAUUCGCGCGAGCGCGAUGGGGCUCGCUCGUCGCUGUCGUCGCCGCGUGCGCGUGUAUUUUGGCGAUAAUGAUUGUGAGAGAACGUCCUGAAGCACGAGCGCGCAGACGUUUACACAUGAGCUCACUCUCAGAGAUGCAGUGCGAGCACGCUUUCGUACCUGCGCUCUCGGACAACAGAACAAUGGACAGCUCGGUGAACCGGAUCAUCGCCGCUGCGCAUCACGUCUACGUAUUGACAUCACAAAAUUGUGCGUCUCCGAACGUCACGCUGCGAGUGCCCGAUGCGUACGCGAGUAAGGCCACGUGCGUGAGCGGCGGCGUGCUGGACAGGUGCGCGGCUAUGGACACCGGCGUAUGGUGGGAAUCUCACUACACGCGCGUUUCUAUGGCACAUGGUAUGAUGAUCAAACACGCGAAAGAACAGAAAUACAACAAUAUAGUCGUCAUGGAGGAGGACACCACUGUGAACCAUGAAGUGAACAUCCACCCGGACACCGAGGCUGACAUGUUGAAGCUUCUCCGAGAAGACUUUGACACCGAGACGAGCAGUCUGGGGCGCGUGCAGCUCGAGUUGGACGAGCACGGAUCUCUCGCUUCUUGGAACGUUAUUCGUCCAGCGUUUCGUCCUCACCUUUUCGAGAAGUUUGAGACGCGUAAGCAAGGGAAAGGGUACAUUGAAGUCACGACGGGUGUCAAGGAUGUGACGAGGUGCCCGUCGCAGUGCGCGUGCAGGAACACACAAGAGGGAGGACAGCUGUGCGCUCUAUCGGCCGCGGGGUGCGACUUACGUUCGUCUGAUAUGUACAUGUUACACAGUCGUGCGUACGAUCUGAUGUUACCCUUGCUUUUCGUCGGCACUGACGAAACUAUCAUCGACCACUUUGUGCUUCAGAACAUCCCGAAAACGUGGCUCCUGCAUCCGUCCGUGACGAUACAGGCGCACCUCGAUAUUAGUCACGCCCUUCAGCUCAAGGUACAGGAUGAGUUCGAAAGAAAAUGCGUGAAAUAG